GUUCCGGUCGGCCGAGGCUCGCGCCUGCGCAGCGCGCUAGGCUGUCAGUCAGGUAAAGGGCUAGCAAGCCUGUGGCAGAGAGCAGUGCUGUCAUGACUGAGGGCACGUGCCUGCGGCGACGUGGGGGACCCUAUAAAACUGAUCCCGCCACCGAUCUCACCCGCUGGCGGCUCUGCAAUGAGUUGGGUCGGCAGAGAUGGACUUAUUAUCAAGCGGAGGACGACCCUGGUCGAGAACAGACCGGGCUAGAGGCCCACUCUUUGGGACUGGACACAAAGAGUUAUUUCACGGACUUACCUAAAGCACAAACAGCCCGAGAGGGGGCCCUGAAUGGAGUAACCUUUUAUACCAAGCUGCAGGCUGAGGAUGGACACUGGUCUGGUGAUUAUGGUGGUCCACUCUUCCUCUUGCCAGGUCUUCUGAUAACAUGCCACAUAUCACGCAUCCCUCUGCCAGCCGGGUACAAAGAGGAGAUGGUGCGGUACCUGCGGUCAGUGCAGCUCCCUGAUGGCGGCUGGGGGUUGCACAUUGAGGACAAGUCCACAGUGUUUGGGACCGCCCUGAACUAUGUGGCUCUCAGAAUCCUGGGUGUCGGGCCUGAUGACCCUGACCUCGUGCGCGCUCGGAACAUCCUUCACAAAAAAGGUGGUGCAGUGGGCAUCCCUUCCUGGGGGAAGUUCUGGCUGGCUGUCCUGAAUGUUUAUAGCUGGGAAGGACUCAAUACCCUCUUCCCUGAGAUGUGGCUGUUUCCUGAAUGGGUCCCUGCGCACCCCUCCACUAUCUGGUGUCACUGCCGGCAGGUCUAUCUGCCCAUGAGCUACUGCUACGCCACUCGGCUAAGUGCCUCAGAGGACCCACUGGUUCAGAGCCUCCGCCAGGAACUCUAUGUGGAGGAUUAUGCCAGCAUCGAUUGGCCAGCACAGAAGAACAACGUGUGCCCCGAUGACCUGUACACGCCACACAGCUGGCUGCUGCGUGUGGUGUAUGGCCUCCUCAACCUGUAUGAGCGUUUCCACAGCACCAGCCUGCGGCAGUGGGCCAUCAAGAUGCUGUAUGAACACAUUGUAGCUGACGACCGGUUCACUAAAUGCAUCAGCAUUGGCCCGAUCUCAAAAACCAUCAACAUGCUUGUCCGUUGGUCAGUGGAUGGCCCAUCCUCCCAUGGCUUCCAGGAGCACGUCUCUCGGAUCAAAGAUUACCUUUGGCUGGGCCUUGAUGGCAUGAAAAUGCAGGGCACCAAUGGAUCACAGAUCUGGGACACUUCAUUUGCUAUCCAAGCACUGUUGGAGGCACGUGCACACCACAGACCUGAGUUUCUGCCCUGCCUGCAGAAGGCUCACGAGUUCCUGCGGCUCUCACAGAUCCCAGACAACUUCCCUGACUAUCAGAAGUAUUACCGCCAUAUGCACAAGGGCGGUUUCUCCUUCAGCACACUGGACUGUGGCUGGAUCGUUGCUGACUGCACAGCCGAGGCUUUGAAGGCCGUGCUGCUCCUGCAGAAUCAGUGUCCCUCAAUCACCGAGCACAUCCCCCGAGAGCGGCUUUGCGACGCUGUGGCUGUGUUGCUAAGCUUGAGGAAUUCUGACGGAGGAUUCGCUACCUACGAGACUAAGCGUGGCGGGCAUUUGCUGGAGCUGCUGAACCCCUCAGAGGUCUUUGGAGACAUCAUGAUUGACUACACGUAUGUAGAGUGUACCUCUGCAGUGAUGCAGGCACUGAAGCACUUCCACGAACACUUCCCAGACCACAGGACAGCAGAGAUCAGGGAGACCCUCAACCAAGGCCUGGACUUCUGCCGAAUGAAGCAGAGAGCUGACGGCUCCUGGGAGGGCUCCUGGGGGGUUUGUUUCACCUACGGCACCUGGUUUGGCUUGGAAGCAUUCGCUUGCAUGGGGCAUACCUACCAAGACGGGGCUGCUUGUGCAGAAGUAACUCAGGCCUGCAACUUCCUCCUGUCCCGGCAGAUGGCGGAUGGUGGCUGGGGGGAGGACUUUGAGUCCUGUGAACAGCGGCGGUAUGUGCAGAGUGCCGGGUCCCAGGUCCACAGCACGUGCUGGGCCCUGAUGGGUUUGAUGGCUGUCAGGCAUCCUGACAUCAGUGCUCAGGAGAGAGGGAUCAGAUGUCUGCUAGGGAAGCAGCUCCCCAAUGGAGACUGGCCUCAGGAGAACAUCUCCGGGGUCUUCAACAAGUCCUGUGCCAUCAGCUACACAAACUACAGAAACAUCUUCCCCAUCUGGACCCUGGGUCGCUUCUACAACCUGUAUCCUGACAAUCCCCUCUCUGGCCACAUUUGAACACGUGUGUGCCAGUGCUGCACCUGGCCAGCGUCAUCACCAUCCAGGUCCAGGAGAGCCUAGUUUCUUGGCUAGGUGAUAAGAGCCUUCUUAGCCCCACCUAGGCCUUGUUCUCUAUGUCUGUUGACAUGAGGCUGGGGACAGGGUCAGGGUUGGUGACUUUAGACACUUGUCAGUGUGUGCUUAGUUCUGGGACUGGCUUCAGUGAGAAAGGAAAAAGAUGAGCCUUGAGAUCCAGAGAGGCACAGUGUACUCCAAAGCGCCUGGGUAUCCUUGAGGGAGCCAGGCUAUAGAGCUUUCACGAUCAGUGACUUCCCUGUGAGGGAGCAGCUGGCUUCUUCACUUCCUCCCGUGUCGAGUGUGGAAUGGGCCCUUGAGCAGACUUCUGUUUGCUGUGCUGGGGGAGUUAGAGCAACCCUUUGGGGUGGGUAUGCUCAAAGAAUGGCUCAGUGGCAAGUGAGGCAAGUCCCUUGCUCAUUGUGCCCUGAGCAGUGUCUGUUGUCCCCAGAAACUUACCACUCAUGACUGCAUCACUGUAUGAAACACCAGUUUUCCAGAAAGGAAAUGCAAACUCACUUUGUCCUAAAAAUGCUACUGAAAGUCAUUUGAAUGAUCAUGGACUCCCUUAAUAAACAGACACUGGGCUGAUGGCCCAGUUGUAAAGAACA